AUGCCGGCCAAGACGAGCCAAAUCGCAUCCUGGUUCGCAAAGAUGUCGACAUCAUGGGAUGCGGACCAGGAGCGACUUCCACAGAUGAUCUCCAGCGAGGACGUGGCCGAAAGGCAGCGACUGGCUGACCUGAAGCAGUUUCGAAAGUACCUGGUUGAAACUGGAACUGUCCAGUGCUUGGUCAAGAUGUACAAGCAUUCUGCCAAGCACGAGAUGCGGAUUGACAACCCGAGCCUGGUCACGCAGUUCCUUGCGGGCUACACGGAUGGCAAUCCAGAUGCAGAGGAGAUCCAGACACUUCAGCGAGAAAACGCUACACUCGAAGAGUACAAUGCAGUGAUGGAGUCGCAGGUGAAGGAUCUACAGCACCAAAUCGCACGGCAGAAGAGGAGAAACCUCGGCCGUGGCAUUUGGCGUCGUUUGUCUCCAGACUCGGAGGCUGACCUGUCCCUGGACGAGCUCUUCAUCCGGCUUUGUGGCAACGAGGUUGAGCCCUCCACGGGAGAAGUGCUAGUUGACCUCCUGCGGCCGCAGACGUAUAAAGACAUCGACCUAGUCACGGCGACUCGCGUUUCUGAAGAGGACUUCAUAGCGAUUGUCGGCGACAUGGAGUCCGAAAGGCACGUUUCCUGGCUGGAGGAACUCUUUGCAAGGCUGCAAGACUCAGAAUCAGGAGAGGCGCCGUAUCAACGGGAGCUCAUGCAGGCCAUUAUUGAUUCGGAUCUGCUUCCCCACGACACAUUCCUGCUGGCGGAUGCCGUCGAGCUUGAUGAGAAUCUUGUGGCUUUUCUGGAGGUAGUCGCCGCUGGCCGAAAGGACAAGGGAGGGAAGCAGUUCGAUACUGUCAUAAGCACUUUCCUUACGGAGCCAUCAGAGUGGGCGAGCCCAUGCCAAGGCAUCUGGUCAGCAAGCGUGUUUUCGUCGAAGGUACUGUGUGUCGGAUUUGGCUUUUCUCCAGCUUUCCUGCAGGUAGACUGCGCACGCAAAUAA